AUGAAGUGGAUCAAAAGCCUGUGUUUUGUCGCUCUGACGCUCGCUUGCUUCCAGGCAAAUGCUGAGAACUGCGGGUCGAAUAGGAGCAAAAGGCUUAACGCGGAGGAACAGCUACAUCAUGCACCACAGGCGUCCUUGUCUCACUCAUCAGGAUAUCCGUGGGAGCAAAACUCAGACUAUUGGAUAAAGCUGGGCCAGAAGCACGUGGUGGAGAAAGUGAGCCAAAAGCUGAACAAAAAUCGCGCCAAAAAUGUUGUGUUCUUCAUGGGAGAUGGAAUGAGCGUCGCGACGCAAUUCGCAACCAGAGUCGCUCUGGGCGGCGAAGAGCAUCAGUUGUCCUUCGAGAAGUUUCCCUACGCAGGCUUGUUGAAAACCUAUUGUGUGGAUUCACAAGUCGGGGAUUCAGCUUGUACAGGAACAGCCUACAUGUGUGGAGUUAAGGCUAACUAUCAAACCUUGGGUGUGGAUGCCCAAGUUAAUUAUGAAGACUGUGUCGCUGGAUUGAAUACAGCCACUCAUACUGAGUCCAUAACUCAAUGGGCGUUAAAUGCAGGGAAAUCCGUAGGAAUUGUCACGACAACCAGAGUCACUCACGCGUCUCCUGCAGCCAGUUAUGCUCAUACUUCCAAUCGCCAUUGGGAGAAUGAUUAUGAAAUACGUCGGAGUGGCUGCGAUCCGAAGAAAAUCAAGGAUAUCGCUCAACAGCUGAUCCACGGACCCACAGGCAGUCGCUACAGCGUGAUCCUGGGCGGAGGGAGAGGAGAAUUCAGGGACUCAACAAUGGCAGAUGAGGAAGGCGGCUUUGGAUAUCGCAACGAUUCCAGGGACUUGAUUUCUGAGUGGCUCAAUUCCGGCACAGCCAAGAAGAAGUACGUGUGGAACCGCCAGGGACUGAUGUCCUUGCCUUCGGACACAGAGAAAGUGCUGGGAUUGUUUGAACAAUCGCACAUGCAAUAUUACUUGGAGAGUCAGGAAAAGGGCAGUCAGAAGUCGGAACCAACUCUCGCGGAGAUGACGAAAAAGGCGAUUGAGAUCUUGGAGAAGAACAAGAAGGGAUUCUUCCUCUUUGUGGAAGGCGGUAAAAUCGAUCUCGCACAUCAUGACUUGAUGUCAAGAGCUGCUAUUUGGGAAACCAUAGAAAUGCAUAACGCUGUAAAAUUGGCCAGAGAUAUGUUGAGCGAUGAAGACACUCUUUUCGUCGUGACCGCAGAUCAUGCGCACACAAUGACGGUGUCGGGAUAUCCGACGCGAGGAAAUGACAUCUUCGGUGAGGUCGACAGAGAAAUAGCCACGGAUGGAAUGCCUUACAUGACUUUGAGUUACGCUAACGGACUGAAGUCCUCAAAGCAGUACUCAGCUUAUGGCCGAGUAAAUCCUGCCACUUCUGACUUCAGCAGAUGGAAUUCGAAUUUCCCAUUCUACGUUCCUAUUAAGGAAGAAGAGUCACACGGGGGCGAAGAUGUGACUGUCCACGCGUGUGGACCUUAUGCUCAUCUCUUCACUGGUACGAUGGAGCAGAGCUUCAUACCACACUUGAUAGCCUACGCAGCAGGCAUAGGUCAUGGGCCUAAGAGCCCUUGA